UCACUGCCCCUUUUCCACACAAUUCUGAAUCCUCAAUGAGACUUUGUAACUAAGAAAAGCACCUGCAAAACUCCCUCCAAAUUAGAAAAGCCCUAAAAUAUUUUCUUCAACUUCAGAAAAUAAUGGAUAUACUAAGCAAGGCUAAGAAUAUUCAAGCCAUGAAUAGUUACAAGACUCAGUUUCUUCACAAUCUCAUCAUUCAUUUACUUUCAGUUAUUGCAUUGACAUGUAGUGUAUUUUGUUUCUACCCUUAUUGGUUUCCCUCCUUGUAUUCCUCCAUCAAGGAAUUUCAAUUUCUUUCCCUUCCAAAUACUUGCACUUCCAUUUUUAGUCCUAAGUGCUUGUUUGUAGUGGUUAAUAUCAUUGUUGUCUUUCUGGUUGGAGAAUCAAAACUUGUUGGCUCACACUCAUCAUCUCCAACAAACAAAAUCUACGAUGAGUAUGUUCAAAGAAGUAGAAGCCUUAAAGGAAUCUCAACUCUUCUUCAAGAAAAGGCAGUGCAAAGCAAAUUGGACCUGAAUCUUGAUGAAGACAAAAGGGUUUGUACUAUUGUUCAAGAAGAAGAAGAAGUGAAAGAGGAGGUCAAAGAAGUCAUCGAUGGAUCAUCAUUAAUAGAGGAAGAGGAAAAGGAAGAAUUUCAGGAAGCUCAAGAAGAAGCUGAAGUACCUGAGGAAGAUCAAGAUCAAGAAGCUGGUGUUAAAUUAGGAAAUCAAGCUCAAGAUCAAGAAGCUGAAGUUAAAGAAAUUGAAGUUGCAUUAACAGAAGAGGAUAAAGAUCAGAAGGAAAAAGGUAGUGAAGAAGAGACUGACUGGCCAGCUGAGGAACUAAACAGAAGAGUGGAAGAGUUCAUUGCUAGGGUUAACAGACAAAGGUGGCUUGAAGAAGCAAGGUUGUUAGAAUCAAGGUUAUUAGUCUGCUGUUCUGCUUGAUUAAUUAAUUGUAUCAUAAUAUCAUUAAUUAAAUUAGGGGCAAAUAAGUCAUGGAAUUAAUAUUAUAUCUGCUUAAGCCAUUGCUGGUUAUUGUUAUUUUCAUGAUAAAUCUAGCAAUUCUUCCUAUAUAUAUAUAUAUAUAUAUAUAUAUUCUCUGUGUGUCUUAAUUCAAAAAGAAAUGUUAUUCAUAAAUAUGGCUUUAUAUGCAUGUACAUGUUAAUCUAACCAUAGAGGUGACUUUACAUGUACAUCUUAGAAUUAGAAAAAAAACAAAACAAAAAACAAUUAAUACAACGUGAAUUACACAAUUCUAUCAUUUGCAAAGAUGGCACUAAAUACUGUAAAAUAUAUGACAAGUCUGUUUUGUCCCAGGAGUCCCCAAUUGAGCUUGAUAUCAAAUGGGGAAAAUUUAAUUAGCACUUCUUGACAAGAAAAGUAAAAACUGAUAAAAGAAAUAUGAUCAGAAACAUGGGAAGUUCUCUGACA